UUUUGUGUCGCUGCGAACAGAUUUCAGAAUUUCGAAAAUGGCCGGGAAAAUAGCACCGGGCCUCAUUGUUAAACUGUGUUUAUCUGGAGUUGUUUCCAUGAUGAUAAUGCCUCUUAUGCUAAUUCCCAUCACAAUUAAAUGCAUUAUGAAAAUCAUCAUCAAGUUGAGAUUCGGUUGGACUGCUGAUCUCGUUCCCGGUCACGACUGCAGCACAAUCUUGAAGCCCAUGCGAACAACUGACAGCCUUUUAUUACUCUACUUGCAACUAGAUGGAGUUGUUGCACUCGAAGACGUGAAGAAACGAAUGCAAGAUAACUUGAUAGAAAUCCGUGACGAUAACGGCAAAAUUUUGCACCCUAAGCUCACAUCAAGUUACUUUUGGUAUGGUGGCUUUCUGGCUACGCAAGUAUACCCUGAAUUCGAUGCAAAUCAACAUUUCUCUUAUAUCCGCGAUGAAAAUCAAGACAUUGUGGUCUGUCGCUCUCACGAAGACCUGGAGGGCAUUCUGGAGACCAUCGGCAACACUGAAAUCCACCCGGGCAACCCAAACAUGCCGUUGUGGCACGUGUAUGUUUUUCACGUCGAACAAGUUGGAGAUGCAAAUUUAGAGAAGCAUACGAGCAUCUUGCUGCAUAUUGAUCACAUGUUAGUCGAUGGUGGUGCCAUGUCCAUGACGGUUUUGCCUGCAUUCCUUGAUCGCAAUGACGAAAACAAUCCAGCGACUCUCUUCAAGAAUUUGAAACCCGUUUCGAGUUUCACAAGGACUUGCUUGCUGGUUCAAGCUUCGUUCGUCACGCCUCUGGCGCUUUGGAGGGCGUACUUUCCUGGACCUCAUUUCCAUGACCAGAGUCCUUUGCAUAACAGACCAGGAAAACGCAGAGGGAGGUUAUUUUUGUCGUCACAGAGCUUUUCUUUGGACAAUUUCAAAAGAAUCCGGAAGCAUACUGGAGCAAAAAUCAACACGAUUUUGUUCGCUUGCGUCUUCCGAACGCUAUUAAAGUAUUCAAAAGAGAUUGCAAAGCGAGAGACGCAUUCAUCCGACCAAGAUUUAGAAAAAGAAGCCAAAGACUGGCAAUUCACGUUGACGAUGCCUCAGGGCCUUUGGAUUCCCGGUGAUAAACUCGAACUGCGGAACCGAGUCGCCGGUGCUGCCAAUGCAUGUGUCGGUGCUGACGUUUGUCACUCGGAUCCGUUGGAAUCUUUGAGUAGAAUGAGGCAGAUUAUGGAGGUACCUUUGCGGGAUUUGUAUGCCUGGUCCUUGGCGCCAUUCCAGAGCACUUUUCUGAACUCUGUUCCAACGGCGAUCACGGAUUCGCUUCCGUGGCCGAUAGAUGGCGUUACUGGGAUCAUUACGAACGUAGCCGGACCCACGUCACACCUCAAGUGCUUCGGGAAGAAUAUUGUGCAGAUGACUGCACAUGCCACCAUGUGGGAAGAUCUAGACCUGGGUGUUGUUGUGGGGAGUUAUGCUGGGGACCUCAGGAUUUCUCUCGUCGGCAGGAAAGGAUCGUUCUCUAGUCGAGAAGAAUUGAAAGAAUUCAUGGAAUAUUUGAAAAAGGAGAUUUCGUCAAUGGUUGAUGCAAUUGACAAAAAAGGGGCAUGAGAUUUGCUCUAAUGAUCUCUGCCGAAAGUUUCACAUUAAACUUUCGAUUUUUUGUAUUUUCUCGGCGAGAAAUUCAUUUUGAAACAUUUUAUUCAUUCGCACGGAAAUGUUGGAGCUUCGACGAAUGAAAAAAAAAAAUUCAACAAGCAUUGAAAAUCAUUUCUUUCGGGAAGAAUUUUCAGUGCAUUUAAGGAGUGAAC